GGGGGGGGAGUCCCGGGGCCAGGCGCUGCCGGAGGAAGAGGCCGAUGGAGGACGAGGAGGAAGGAAGGAGCGCCGGGCGGAGGCGGAGGAGGAAAGGGCAGGAGCUCAGCAACCCCUUCGAACUGAUAACCAAUGAAGAAAUAGAGGAUGAUCUCACAUCCAAAGAGGAGAAAGAUGAUUCCAGGCUGAAGGAGGAAAGUGACCGAAAGAACGAAGAGAGUCUGGAAAAUGACCAGCAAAAAGGAGGAGCAGAGACCAAACAACUGGACCAAACGGUAAAUGCCCCAGGAUGCUGUGUUUGAUGUCAUUUAAUAGAU